AAAAACGCACAAGCCCAAGGAGGAAACCAACGUUUAGAAAGAAGGCAAGAAAUCAGGAAGGAAAAAAGAAAAGAAACGGGAGUUUCUCAAUCAGCUUUGAUCAGUUGAGAAAGUUUCGGGAUUGCAACAACUGAAAGAGGGAUUUGCGAGCGGAGAUGAAGGGAUUCGAAUAGGGCGGCUGCACCAAAAAUAAAUAGAGCAAAAAGAAGAGAAAAACGCAGCAAGAAAGAGGAAGAAAAAGAGUAAACGCAGCAGCGAGAAGGGAACGAGACAGAGGAGAAGCGAGCAGGGUGUGAACCAGAAACGCAGAAAACCGAUCCUCAUCCUUGGGGCAGUUUUCCAUCUUUAAAUUCUGCAACUUUUAGUUUAAUUUAAUUCUGUUUUGUUGAUAGAUGAAUUCCAGUAGCUAGACCUUUAGGGCCUGUUUACUAACAGAAAUAUUUUCCAAUUUUCCAGAAAACUGGAAAACUGGAAAACAGAAAACAGGAAACGUGUUUACCAAAGAUAUUCCUGGAAAACUGGAGAAAGGAAAAAAGAAAAACGCGCUUACCAAAUCGUUUUCCAAAACGGAAAAAAUGAAACAUGUCUCUCUUUUCCUUAAUGAUUUGGAGAAGUGACUUUUACUAGUUUUCCAAAUUUGGAAAACGCAGAUGCUACAGUGCCUUUGCAAUGAAUUUGCAUACUUACACCUAGUGGUGGGUCCGGUCCCGCUCCGAUGUCGAUUCCAUUCCGGUACCUCCAUCCUCGUACCUUACCCCUUACCCCUACCCUACCCUACCCACCUAACCCCCACCCCGCGUACCCUUUUUUUCCUAUAAUGACCUUACCCCACCCCCACCACAUGCCCCAACCUCGGCCCCACCCCGAUCCACCCUACCCUACCGACACCCCCUACCACCUCGAACCCACCUCGAUCCACCCUACCCUACCGCCACCCCUACCACCUCGACCCGACCCACCCUACCCUACUCCCACCCCUCGUAUAUUACCACUUACCCCUGUUGGAAUAAUUGGGAAUAUUUCAAAUGAAUAAAGUAUCUAAAAUUAUUAUCUCUUAUUAUCCAAUAGUAUAAUUAUUUUAUUAAUCAAAUUUACAUUUUCGUACAUUCCAUUAAAAAUAUUGAAUGACUGAUUGAGCUCUUAAAAAUAAAAACGUUAAGCAUUUAUGUUAUAAUAAUACUUUGGCAACGUUAACACUCUUUAAUGUUCAAUGAGUGGAAUGAAAUUAAAGUUGUACACCAACGUUUAUAAUGUUAUUAUUAUUAUUAAUCAUGCAUCCGAACGUUAGCUUUAAUGCUAACUCAUUAAACUCAUUUAUCUCGCCAACAACGUUCGACGUUUGCAUGGAUAUAUAUAUGUGUGUGUUUCGGCUAUGAGCUACUGACACUGAUACGAAAAAUAUUCUUGAGCUAAAACAUUCUCUACUAUUUUUUCACUCUGCUGGAUUAAUAUAAUAUUCACUCUCGUUGUUCUGUUACCGGCUUACGCCGAAGAGCUCGUUAUAUCUUGGGGAAAGGUUUUCGCUAGUCGGAAAUACUUUCUUGAGGACAGCGUCUGACGCGUCUCGAGCUAGAUUAUUUUCUAACGUUAUUUUUGCAGGUAUAUCCGGCCGAAUUUCCUCCAACAAUCUCAAGAAAGUAUUUGGCGUCGGAUAUGUUUGCACGUGUGAUCUCACAAGGCGUUGUCGCUGCACUCAUCAUGGCUAUGUUAUUUUUGCAUGUGUGGUGCGAAUUGGACUGGUAUUUGGAUAUAUCUCUACGUAUAAUGCUUACUCUUUUCACUUCCCUACUUACAAUAAGCCAUACUUUAACACCAUUUUUUAAGAAAAAUAAUAUUCCUUUAUUUAGUGGUAAAAUGACAACUAUGGAAAACAACAACCCACUAAAAUCAAGUUUAAACUUGGUUAGUAGUGAUGAUAAUUUUAUUGCAGUUGUUUCUCAAAGUUGUAAAACUAAUGAUGUGAAUGAGUGGGUGGUAGACUCCGGAGCUACCAAGCAUGUUUGUAAAAACAAAAAUGCUUUUACCUCCUAUACUAUUAUAGGAGAUGGUGAAGAGCUCGUGUACCUAGCGGACUCUAAAACCGUUAAGGUGCAUGGAAAAGGCAGAGUUCUUCUUAAACUCACAUCGGGGAAAACUUUAUCACUAAAUGAUGUGCUUCAUGUGCCCGAGAUUCGGACUAAUUUAGUUUCUGUUUAUCUCUUGGGAAAAGUUGGGGUUAAAGUUUCUUUUGGUUGUGAUAAUUUUGUUAUGACCAAAAAUGAUGUUCUUGUGGGAAAUGGCUAUUGUAAGAAAGGACUUUAUAUACUUGACAUUUCUGAAAUAUUGCAUGAUAAUGCUUCUGUUUAUUUAAUUGAUUCUUAUGAUGUGUGGCAUGCUAGAUUAGGACAUGCAAGUAAUUCUUAUAUUAAAAUGCUAAAUGAUUGUGGUUUGAUUUCUUUUAAAAAUAAAACGACACAUGAAAAAUGUGACGUUUGUGUUCAAUCUAAACUAACUAAAAAACAUUGUCCCUCCAUAUAUAGGGAAUCGGAAUUGCUUAGUUUAAU